GUGUGAUCAGCUGGUUAUCAGAUUCGUUCCUUCCUCCCACCUGUUGUCUCUUUGCGAACGAGUUGGGAGAGGUUUCGACAUGCGGUGUCUUCUUCUUGCGGCCCUUUUGGGCCUGGCUCUUGCUGAGCCGACCGUGUACUUCAAUGAUCAGUUUGAGGAUGGAGAUUCGUGGGAGGAACGCUGGGUCCACUCCUCUGCCAAGGGCAGCGAGGGAGCCAAGUUUAAACUGACCGCCGGAAAAUUCUACGGAGACGCAGAGAAGGACCAAGGUAUUCAGACCAGUACUGAUGCCCGAUUUUACCACGCCAGUGCUGCUUUCGACCAGUUCUCCAACGAGGGUAAGACCUUGGUCUUGCAGUUCACUGUCAAGCACGAGCAGAAGAUCGACUGCGGUGGUGGAUACAUCAAGCUUUUCCCCACUGGCCUGAAGCAGAAGACAUUCAAUGGCGACAGCCAGUACUACGUUAUGUUCGGACCUGACAUCUGCGGCUACUCCACCAAGAAGGUGCAUGUCAUCUUCAACUACAAGGGAGACAACAAGUUGAUCAAGAAGGAGAUUGCCUGCAAGGAUGACGAGUUCACCCACUUGUACACUCUCAUCCUCCGCCCCGACAACACCUACGAGGUGAAGAUCGACAACGAGCGUGUUGAAGGUGGCAAGCUUGAGGAGGACUGGGACUUCCUGGCCCCCAAGCAGAUCGAUGACCCCAACGAGAGCAAGCCCAAGGACUGGGUUGAUGAGGAGAAGAUUGACGACCCCGAGGACUCCAAGCCCGAGGGCUAUGACAAGCCCGAGCACAUUCCCGACCCUGAUGCCGAGAAGCCCGAGGACUGGGAUGAUGAUGUCGAUGGCGAGUGGGAGCCACCCAUGAUUGACAACCCAGAGUACAAGGGCGAGUGGAAGCCACGUCAGAUCGACAACCCAGCAUACAAGGGAUCAUGGGUCCAUCCCCAGAUCGACAACCCCGACUACAGCGCUGACGACAGCCUGUACCGCUACACUGAUGUCGGUGCCGUUGGUUUCGACCUUUGGCAGGUCAAGGCUGGUACCAUCUUUGACAACAUCUUGGUGACUGACGACGUCGACUAUGCCGCUCAGGUCGGUACUGACACAUGGGGUGCCACCAAGGAGCCCGAGAAGGCUGCCAAGGCCAAGAUUGAUGAGGAGGAGGCCAAGACAAAGGCCGCUGAAGAAGAGGCCAAGAAGGGAGAGGAAGAGACCACAGAGGCUGAUGCUGAGGGUGAAGAAGAAGAGGAGACCGAGGAGGCUGAGGAAGAUCAGGAGGAGGAGUCCCCCAGAGACGAGCUGUAGAUAUGUCCCUUAGACUUAGUUCAAUAGUUCACCUUGGCAUUCUCGUGUUGUCCUGCUUGCAAGCUGUAUUGUCGCCAACAGCGCUUGGCUUGCCCGCUAACCCAUAACUAUGCUAACAACUUGUUCAUCAUCCUCAUUACUCACCUCAUUUCUUACCAUUUCUAGAUUGUGAGGGUUUUUUUUAGUUGUAUUCAAAUCACGGGUCGUGUCUUGUGAUGCCUGGUCUUGUUAUCUCUAGCUUUAUACCAAUGAUCGGUAACAGAUAGCAAGCAAUGCUACCCUAA